UACACUGCUGGCAAGGAAGGAAAAGGUCUGCAUGCAGCAAGCGCUAACAUGCUUUGGAAUUUAUUUCGGAAUCUUUGAAAGACUUUUGCUUACCACCACCUGGGAUCCACUGCAAGAAUAUCAAAAAGAGAAACUCCGUUUAAAAGGAACAUGAAGAAAUGAAAACAAGUCGGUAAUGUUUGAAUCUUUGCAACUCUAUGGAAAAGCCAAAGAGUGUAAAUUUCAGCUUUAUCAUACUGAAAUGUAAAGGAACCUUACUCGUGGAAUAUGCAUGGUGAUUACUGAAAAAGAACUUUCCAGAAGAGUCGUUUUACUACCGACUCAGGAAAGGUUUUCAUUAAUUUAAAAAUCUAAUGGAUUGGCUUCAGACUGCACUUUAAAAAAAUCACUCUUCAGUGAACUCUGUCCUGAAUUCAAGAGUUUUUCUGAAAACUAGGAAAUGAGAAUAUUUUCCUACUUGAAGAAGUACCUGGAAACUCUACAGCAACGAAUUUCAUGUUUCCUUUGAAGAGUUUGGAAGAAAGAUUUACAAAACAAUCCAAGGAUCUGAGGAAUUUACAAAUACUUUGGAGGUUAUAAAGUGGUCAGGAUCUGAAUACCAAAACGACUGCAGCUGCCCAAAGGACUUUGUCACUGUAAAGUGGACGUGCCUUUAUAAUGGUAAGCAAUAACAGCUCCAACUGCUUUGAUGACUCCUUUAAGUAUACUUUGUAUGGGUGCACAUUUAGUAUGGUGUUUGUGCUCGGAUUGAUAUCCAACUGUGUUGCCAUAUACAUUUUCGUCUGUACCCUCAAAGUACGAAAUGAAACUACAACGUACAUGAUUAACUUGGCAGUGUCAGACUUGCUUUUUGUUUUUACUUUACCCUUCAGGAUCUUUUACUUUACGACACGGAAUUGGCCAUUUGGAGAUUUGCUCUGUAAAAUUUCAGUGAUGCUAUUUUAUACCAACAUGUAUGGAAGCAUUCUGUUUUUAACUUGUAUUAGUGUGGACAGAUUUCUGGCAAUCGUCUACCCAUUUAAGUCAAAGACUCUAAGAACCAAACGAAAUGCAAAAAUUGUUUGCAUUGCGGUGUGGUUAACUGUGGGAGGUAGUGCCCCAGCAGUUUUUUUUCAAUCUACCCACCCUCAGGGUAAUACUCAAAAAGCCUGCUUUGAAAAUUUUCCAGAAGACACUUGGAAAACCUAUCUCUCACGGAUUGUUAUUUUCAUUGAAAUAGUAGGUUUUUUUAUUCCUUUAAUUUUAAUGUAACUUGUUCUAGUAUGGUUGCUAAGAACUUUAAGUAAACCAGUUACUUUAAGUAGAAGCAAAAUAAACAAAACGAAAGUUUUAAAAAUGAUUUUUGUACACUUGGUGAUAUUCUGCUUCUGUUUUGUGCCUUACAAUAUAAACCUUAUUUUAUAUUCUCUUAUGAGAACACAGACAUUUGUCAAUUGUUCAGCAGCCAAAGCAGUAAGAACUAUGUACCCAAUAACUCUCUGCAUUGCUGUUUUAAACUGUUGCUUUGACCCUAUAGUUUACUACUUCACCUCGGAUGCAAUUCAGAAUUCAAUAAAAAUGAAAAGCUGGUCUUCAAGGAGAAGUGACUCUAGAUUCUCUGAAUGUUCAAGGCUCAUGAGAACUUUAUUCAACAUCGGUCUACAGACUUUAAAAAGUAAGAUAUUUGACAAUGAAUCUACAAUUUAAGCUGCCUAAAAUAAAAGCACUGGAUUACACUGGGACAGACUUCCACAUUCCUUCAACUGUGAAGUGUUUUCUUGAACAAUUAUUUUUCCAUGUGUUAAGCAUUAAAAUGUAUUUUAUUCUUGUAUAUAUUCCAUUUUAUUUUUGAAUAAUUUUGAUGUGUAUCUUCCUCUUCAUUAAAGAAAAAAAAA